CGCGGCGCGGCGCGGCGCGGCUCGGCGCGGGGGGAGGCGGCGCGGCCCGCUGGAAGAUGGCGGUGCGGAAGAAGGACGGCGGCCCCAACGUCAAGUACUACGAGGCCUCGGACACCGUCAGCCAGUUCGACAACGUCCGCCUCUGGCUCGGCAAGAACUACAAGAAGUACAUCCAGGCCGAGCCCCCCACCAACAAGUCGCUGUCGAGCCUGGUGGUGCAGCUGCUGCAGUUCCAGGAGGAGGUGUUCGGCAAGCACGUCAGCAACGCGCCCCUCACCAAGCUGCCGAUAAAAUGCUUCUUGGAUUUCAAGGCGGGAGGAGCCCUGUGCCACAUCCUGGCGGCGGCCUAUAAAUUCAAGAGCGACCAAGGAUGGCGGCGUUUCGAUUUCCAGAAUCCUUCGCGGAUGGACCGCAACGUGGAGAUGUUCAUGACCAUCGAGAAAUCCCUGGUGCAGAACAACUGCCUGGCCCGGCCCAACAUCUUCCUGCACCAGGAGAUCGAGCCCAAGCUGCUGAGCAAGCUGAAGGACAUCGUCAAGAGACACCAGGGCACGGUGACCGAGGACAAGAGCAACGCGUCCCACGUUGUCUGCCCCGUGCCCGGCAACCUGGAGGAAGAAGAGUGGGUCCGGCCGGUCAUGAAGAGGGACAAGCAGGUCCUGCUGCACUGGGGCUACUACCCGGACAGCUACGACACCUGGAUCCCUGCUAGCGAGGUCGAGGCCUCCGUGGAGGACGCGCCGACUCCGGAGAAGCCCCGGAAGGUCCACGCCAAAUGGAUCCUGGACACCGACACCUUUAACGAGUGGAUGAACGAGGAGGACUACGAGGUGACGGACGAGAAGAGCCCCGUGUCCCGCAGGAAGAGGAUCUCGGCCAAGACCCUAACGGACGAGGUGAACAGCCCCGACUCGGACCGGCGGGACAAGAAGGGGAGCAACUACAAGAAGAGGAAGCGCUCGCCCUCCCCCUCGCCCACGCCGGAGGCCAAGAAGAAGAACACGAAGAAAGGCCCCUCCACCCCCUACAACAAAUCCAAGCGUGGGCACCGCGAGGAGGAGCAGGAGGAUCUGACGAAGGACAUGGACGAACCCUCGCCGGUCCCCAACGUGGAGGAGGUCACGCUGCCCAAAACAGUGAACACCAAGAAGGACUCGGAGUCCGCGCCCGUCAAGGGGGGCACCAUGACGGACCUGGAUGAGCAGGAGGAUGAGAGCAUGGAGACGGCCGGCAAGGACGAGGAGGAGAACAGCACUGGGAGCAAGGGGGAGCAGGCCAAGAACCCAGACCUGCACGAGGACAACGUGACGGAGCAGACCCACCACAUCAUCAUCCCCAGCUACGCCGCCUGGUUCGACUACAACAGCGUCCACGCCAUCGAACGCCGAGCCCUGCCCGAGUUCUUCAAUGGCAAGAACAAAUCCAAGACCCCCGAAAUAUACUUGGCCUAUCGCAACUUCAUGAUCGACACGUACCGGCUCAACCCGCAGGAGUACCUGACCUCGACGGCCUGCCGCAGAAACCUGGCCGGGGACGUCUGUGCCAUCAUGCGGGUCCACGCCUUCUUGGAGCAGUGGGGGCUCAUCAACUACCAGGUGGACGCGGAGAGCCGUCCGACGCCCAUGGGCCCCCCGCCGACGUCGCACUUCCACGUGCUGGCCGAUACGCCCUCGGGGCUGGUGCCGCUGCAGCCCAAGACGCCCCAGGGUCGGCAGAGCGACGGCGACGCCAAGACGGGGCGCAAGAGCAAAGACAUAGAAGACCUCGUCACCGAGACGGUGAAAGGGAAGCCCGAGCUGCAGCCCUCGGCCGCCCAGCAGAUGCUGAACUUCCCCGACAAGAGCAAGGAGAAGCCGGCGGACAUGCAGAACUUCGGCCUCCGCACGGACAUGUACACCAAGAAGAACGUCCCCUCCAAGAGCAAGGCCGCCGCCAGCGCCACGCGCGAGUGGACGGAGCAGGAGACGCUGCUGCUGCUGGAGGCCCUGGAGAUGUACAAGGACGACUGGAACAAGGUGUCGGAGCACGUGGGCAGCCGCACGCAGGACGAGUGCAUCCUCCACUUCCUGCGCCUGCCCAUCGAGGAUCCCUACCUGGAGGACUCGGAGGCCUCGCUGGGGCCCCUGGCCUACCAGCCCAUCCCCUUCAGCCAGUCGGGCAACCCCGUCAUGAGCACCGUGGCCUUCCUGGCCUCCGUGGUGGACCCCCGCGUGGCCUCGGCGGCUGCCAAGUCGGCGCUGGAGGAGUUCUCCAAGAUGAAGGAGGAGGUGCCCACGGCGCUGGUGGAGGCUCACGUGCGCAAGGUGGAGGAGGCGGCGAAGGUGACGGGCAAAGCCGACCCGGCCUUCGGCCUGGAGAGCAGCGGCAUCGCCGGCACCACCUCGGACGAGCCGGAGCGAAUAGAGGAGAGUGGCAUCGACGAGGCGCGGGCGGAUGCCCAGCCGUCGGAGGAGAAGAAGGAGCCGAAGGAGCCCCGGGAAGGUGGCACGGAGGAGGAGGCGAAGGAGAAGCUCGGGGAGCUUCCCAAGAAAGAGGAGGAGAAGGGCAAGGAGGCUGAGAGCGAGAAGGAGUUGGAGAAGAGCGAGGGCGAUGGCCUGGGAGACCUGGAGAAGGACAAGGAGACCAAGGAGGGCCAGGAGGAACCGCCCAAGGAGCUGGCGGAGCCCGAGGCCGAGCGCAAGACCAAGGUGGAGCGCGACAUUGGCGAGGGUAACCUCUCCACCGCCGCCGCUGCUGCCCUGGCUGCUGCCGCCGUGAAGGCCAAGCACCUCGCCGCCGUGGAGGAGCGCAAGAUCAAGUCGCUGGUGGCGCUGCUGGUGGAGACGCAGAUGAAGAAGCUGGAGAUAAAGCUGCGGCACUUCGAGGAGCUGGAGACCAUCAUGGACCGGGAGCGCGAGGCGCUGGAGUACCAGCGGCAGCAGCUGCUGGCCGACCGCCAGGCCUUCCACAUGGAGCAGCUCAAGUACGCGGAGAUGCGCGCCCGCCAGCAGCACUUCCAGCACAUGCAGCAGCAGCAGCAGCAGCAGGCGCCGGCGCUGCCGCCCGGGGCGCAGCCGCUGCCGCCCGCCGGCGCCCCGCUGGCCCCCGCCGCCCACGCGCUCGGCGCGGCCCCCGGCGCGCCGCCCGCCCCGGCCGUGGUGGCCCAGCCCGGCCUGGCGCCGGCCGAGCCGCUGGGGCAGGCGGCGGUGCCGCCGCUGCCGCCGGGCGCCCCGCAGCCCGGCCCGGCCCCCGCCCCGGCCGUCCCGCACGCCCAGGCGCCCUUCGCCGGCCAGCAGCCGCCGUCGCAGAGCCUCGCGGGGACCCUGGCGGGCAGCGCGCACCCCGCCGUGCCCGGUAACGCGCCCGCCGCGCCGCCCGCCAUCCCAUUUAGCAUGGCUAACCCCCUCGCCGACUCCAUCGGGGCCACCUUCCCCGCUAACCCGCCCGCCCCCCCUCUGCAUGGGGCCCUCGCCAGCAGCAUGCCGCCGGGGGGGCCGCUCCCCCCGCCCCCCGCACCCGGGGCCGGGCUCCGCCGCCGCGCAGAGCCCGGCCAUCGUGGCCGCCGUGCAGGGGAGCCUCCUGCCAAACGCCGGCCUCGGCGCAGAUCAAGGCCCCCCGCUGCAGACGGACCCCAUGGCGCCCAGCCCCAGCACCGCCACCCCCGUGCCCCCCACGCAGUGAGCCCCCGCCCCGCCGCCGGCCUGGGGAGACCGCCCCCCCCCUCCCCCAGCAAGAGGAACCCCCCCGAGGAAUCGCCCCCACCCAAAAAACCUCCCUGCUUUGUUUUUUUCUUUUUUUUUAAUAUGCCCCCCCUUUUUUUUUAAACCGUCGUCCCAGAUUUUAUUUAAGUGUUCGGUCUCCCCCGGGCAGGCCAGGGACACUGCUCCACCACGGCUAUUUAUGAGACAGCUCCAACCCCCCCCGGCUACUGGGCAUUUAACCCCCCCCCCCCAAAAAAACUCCCAUCCCUUAUAGCCCCAUUUCGUUUUUUUAAAUAACAAAAAAAAAAAUAAAAUUCCAAGUCCCCGGGGCGGGAAGAGCCGGC